AUGCCCGAACCAUCGAUGGGUUCCCAGGAGAGUUCUACCCUGUCUCCUUUCGAGGACAACUACCUCAGUCGCAACGUGCUCGAUGACGAAGACGGCUACGAGGAAGACGCGGUGCCCGAACUCCCCAGUCCCGUGAUCAACCCACCAACACAGGCAUCGCCUUCGGCCACCAUCGUUGCACCCAAAAGCCGACCUAGUGUGCGUCACAAGCCAGAUUUACUUCGGCGUGAGAAACCGCGUUUCAUCCUCGCCCUGGACUUUGGCACCACGUUCACAGGCAUUGCAUUCGCAUCUACCAAUGCUUCCCGAGGUCACCUCCCUGAAAUCACAGUCCUGCAGAACUGGACCAAGUCGAUGAGCAAUAAAGAUAAAGUGCAGGACUGGACCAAGUCGAUGAGCAAUAAAGAUAAAGUGCAGGACUGGACCAAGUCGAUGAGCAAUAAAGAUAAAGUGCCAAGCGUGAUAUCUUACUCGCCGCCGGAGCAUGAUGAGGUGCAGUGGGGCUCGGACAUCAGCAAAGACGCAAUCACGAUGGUCAAUCAGAAGCUGGAGUUAGAACUUCAAGAUACCGUUAUGGACGAGCUUGAUAUGACGUUAUACGUGCUGAGAGGCACGAAAUUCCUCUCAUUCGACAAUAUCUGCGAGGCUGGACCCAAGCCCGCUUUCAGCCCUAAGACCACAGGCGAAGUCAUCACAGAUUACUUGGCGAAAAUCUUUCAAUGCGCCAAAGAAGCUAUAAACAGCCAGCAGAUUGAGAGGACGAAGACACCAAUCGAUCUCGUAGUAACAACGCCUGUAUGCUGGUCGUACAAAGCCCAUAAUGCGAUGUUCAGGGCUGUGAAGGAGGCCGGCUUCAGCACAAAAUUCCUUCCGACUUUGCAGGACACUAUCUUGGUAUCCGAACCCGAAGCUGCGGCGUACUUUGCUGCACUUGCUGUGAAGGACCAAGGCGACGACUUUCUCCAGCAAGGUCAGACGUUCGUGCUAUGCGAUGCAGGAGGCGGAACUGUGGACACAGUCUCUUAUCAAGUCAAGAGCGUCACUCCAUUUCUAGAGCUUGAGCGGAUGACCGCACCCAGUGGCCGAAAAUGUGGAUCUGCCUUGAUCGACCUGGGGUUCAAAACCUGGUUGCGAGACAUCAUUGGGCCAUCGUCGUAUGCGGAGCUGGAUCCAGUCAAUGCAUAUCAGCAUCGGAUUAACCCUCACACGGCGGAGACCGGUGAGAUGAGAGAGCUGAUCAGACGCUUUAUCGUCAGAAAGAUUGCGUUCUCCAAUAACGACGAGAAGUCAAUCAAGAUUGAUCUGCCGGCACCGCUCAAUACCUUGACCAUCGCAGGCCGAAUUGAGCAGGGUGGAUUGACGUUGACAUGGUUUGCUCCGCGAAUGACCGAUAUGGAUGUUGGCUAUGCUAAUCUUGCGUAG